AUGCGAGGUUUUCGUUCCUGUGUGUUCUGUUCCAAUUCGCUUCGUGAAAAGCAUCAGAUUGUGUACGAGGAUGCGAAGAUUAUUGCAAUAUUAGAUCGUAUUCCACGCGCCAAGAAGCACGUACUGGUGAUUCCACAUGAACAUAUUUCUUACGUUAGCGACCUCACGCCGGCGCAUUGCGAACUUUUGAAGCACAUGAUGGAGACAGGAAAGAGGAUAUUAGCGAGUGAUGGGUUCGAGGAUGAAGGCAACUGCCGAUUCGGCUUUCAUCUCCCACCAUUCGCAUCUAUACCGCAUCUGCACAUGCACUGUCUUGGCCUACCAUUCCUUCCAUCAUGGAAUCGCUUGCGAUACAUGGAGUCGAUGCUGCCGACGUACAUCAGCGCUGAAAGCACCCUCGCAGCUUUGCGCUCCAGAACGAUAUAUUAA